AUGUUCGCGACACACCCAUUACCCUCAUCUCCCUUAACCCCUUUCCGCCAAACGGGCCACUACACGCCGGCGCGACCGUCCCCGCUCUGCCCUCGCAGCUCGAACAUCGCCACGCCCCCAUGGACGAUGGGAGCCAUGCCGCAGAAGCCCGGAGCCGACGAGAACGCGCAGGGCUCGCGAGUUGCCUUUACCAUUCACAGUGAUCCGCAGCACCAGCGACAACAGCAACAGCAAGGUCACUAUCAACGAUACCAACAAGAACAGCAGCAGCAGCAACAGCAGCAACAAUCACCCACAUUAUUCGGGACCUUCUCCUCCCCGCUCUUCUCCACGCAGACGCAGCACCACCAAUCCCCGGCCCCGGUAUCGCCCGGCUCACCAUCUCCCUGCUCGAUGAAACCUAAGUACGCGAACCGCUACUCGGCGCAGAUUGCCAACCCGCUCAAGACAUCGAAUUCGCUGGCGCGCUCCAAGACCCGGAAGAUGUUCCUAAACCGCGUGCGCAAUGACCGCGACACGGGCCGUUUUGAGGCGCGCGGCGAGCAGAUGAUGAUGAUGGAGCAUUUGUCGGAGAAGCGGCGCUGGGAGGAGUCGAUGGCGCGCGAUGCGGAUGGUGUUAUGGUGGGGUAUGAGCUUGAAGAGGAUGAUAUGCUUCCUGACCAGGAAUAUGUUGAUCCAGAGGACGAAUAUCUCGUUCAGGAAGAAUCCAUGGCAAUGGCUGGUCUUGAUACCCACCACCUGCAAUCGACGGGCCCCAAUCCCUCGUUCAGCGAUGAUGAGUACGAUGAUCUCUUUAUGAGUCUGUCUGAACAGAAACACUCUACUCAGGACAUGGACAUGUCGUGA